GUGCGGAUUUAUUCCGGGUCAAUUUUGGGCAGAUUGCAAAGGGGUACCAUCACCGAUGUUGGGCGAUUUUUCCGAAAUGCCAUUUUCUUUCAAUUCUGGAGGCUACAGAUCAUGAAAUCAGGCCGAGGCUAUUCUCCACCGAUAAUGAAGUCUAUUGAUCCUAUUCUCCACGGAUGAUAAGUCCAUUAAACACCGAUUUGGGCCAAUUUAUUUUUGGAUGGCAUUUUCGUAAUUUUGUGGGCGUCGAAAUGCCAUUUUCUUUGGAUUUUGAAGACUACGGAUAACGAAUUCGGCCUGAGACUAUUCUUCAGCGAUGACUAAGUCCAUUAAGCACCGAUUUUGGCGGAUUUAUUCCGGGUCAAUUUUUGGCAGAUUGCAAAGGGGUACCAUCAUCGAUUUUGGGCGAUUUUUCCGAAAUGCCAUUUUCUUUCGAUUCUGGAUGCUACAGAUCACGAAAUCAGGCCGAGGCUAUUCUCCACCGAUAAUGAAGUCUAUUGAUCCUAUUCUCCACGGAUGAUAAGUCCAUUAAACACCAAUUUGGGUCAAUUUAUUUUCGGAUGGCAUUUUCGAAAUUUUGUGGGCGUCGAAAUGCCAUUUUCUUUGGAUUUUGAAGGCUACAGAUCAUGAAUUCGGCCUGAGACUAUUCUUCAACCAUGACUAAGUCCAUUAAUCACCGAUUUGGGCGGAUUUAUUCCGGGUCAAUUUUUGGCAGAUUGCAAAGGGGUACCAUCACCAAUUUUGGGAGAUUUUUCUGAAAUGUCAUUUUCUUUCAAUUCUCGAGGCUACAGAUCACGAAAUCAGGCCGAGGCUAUUCUCCACCGAUAAUGAAGUCUAUUGAUCCUAUUCUCCACGGAUGAUAAGUCCAUUAAACACCGAUUUGGGCCAAUUUAUUUUCGGAUGGCAUUUUCGUAAUUUUGUGGGCGUCGAAAUGCCAUUUUCUUUGGAUUUUGAAGGCUACAGAUCACGGAUUCGGCUUGAGACUAUUGUUCAACGAUGACGAAGUCCAUUAAGCACCGAUUUGGGCAUAUUUAUUCCGGGUCAAUUUUUGGCAGAUUGCAAAGGGGUACCAUCACCAAUUUUGGGCGAUUUUUCCGAAAUGCCAUUUUCUUUCGAUUCUGGAGGCUACAGAUCAUGAAAUCAGGCCGAGGCUAUUCUCCACCGAUAAUGAAGUCUAUUGAUCCUGUUCUCCACGGAUGAUAAGUCCAUUAUACACCGAUUUGGGCCAAUUUAUUUUCGGAUGGCAUUUUCGUAAUUUUAUGGGCGUCGAAAUGCCAUUUUCUUUGGAUUUUGAAGGCUACAGAUCACGGAUUCGGCUUGAGACUAUUCUUCAACGAUGACGAAGUCCAUUAAGCACCGAUUUGGGCAUAUUUAUUCCGGGUCAAUUUUUGGCAGAUUGCAUAGGGGUACCAUCACCAAUUUUGGGCGAUUUUUCCGAAAUGCCAUUUUCUUUCGAUUCUGGAGGCUACAGAUCAUGAAAUCAGGCCGAGGCUAUUCUCCACCGAUAAUGAAGUCUAUUGAUCCUGUACUCCACGGAUGAUAAGUCAAUUAAACACCGAUUUGGGCCAAUUUAUUUUCGGAUGGCAUUUUCGUAAUUUUGUGGGCGUCGAAAUGCCAUUUUCUUUGGAUUUUGAAAACUACAGAUCACGGAUUCGGCCUGAGACUAUUCUUCAACGAUGACUAAGUCCAUUAAGCACUGAUUUGGGGAGAUUUAUUCCAGGUCAAUUUUUGGCAGAUUGCAAAGGGGUACCAUCACCGAUUUUGGGCGAUUUUUCCGAAAUGACAUUUUCUUUCGAUUCUGGAAGCUACGGAUCACGAAAUCAGGCCGAGGCUAUUCUCCACCAAUAAUGAAGUCUAUUGAUCCUAUUCUCCACGGAUGAUAAGUCCAUUAAACACCAAUUUGGGUCAAUUUAUUUUCGGAUGGCAUUUUCGUAAUUUGUGGGCGUCGAAAUGCCAUUUUCUUUGGAUUUUGAAGGCUACAGAUCACGGAUUCGGCCUGAGACUAUUCUUCAACGAUGACUAAGUCCAUUAAGCACCGAUUUGGGCGGAUUUAUUCCGGGUCAAUUUUUGGCAGAUUGCAAAGGGGUACCAUCACCGAUUUUGGGCGAUUUUUCCGAAAUGCCAUUUUCUUUCGAUUCUGGAGGCUACAGAUCACGAAAUCAGGCCGAGGCUAUUCUCCACCGAUAAUGAAGUCUAUUGAUCCUAUUCUCCACGGAUGAUAAGUCCAUUAAACACCGAUUUGGGUCAAUUUAUUUUCGGAUGGCAUUUUCGUAAUUUUGUGAGCGUCGAAAUGCCAUUUUCUUUGGAUUUUGAAGGCUACAGAUCAUGGAUUCGGCUUGAGACUAUUCUUCAACGAUGACUAAGUCCAUUAAGCACCGAUUUGGGCGGAUUUAUUCCGGGUCAAUUUUUGGCAGAUUCCAAAGGAGUACCAUCACCGAUUUUGGGCGAUUUUUCCGAAAUGCCAUUUUCUUUCGAUUCUGGAGGCUACAGAUCACGAAAUCAGGCCGAGGCUAUUCUCCACCGAUAAUGAAGUCUAUUGAUCCUAUUCUCCAUGGAUGAUAAGUCCAUUAAACACCGAUUUGGGCCAAUUUAUUUUCGGAUGGCAUUUUCGUAAUUUUGUGGGCGUCGAAAUGCCAUUUUCUAUGGAUUUUGAAGGUUACAGAUCACGGAUUCAGCCUGAGACUAUUCUUCAACGAUGAUUAAGUCCAUUAAGCGCCGAUUUGGGCGGAUUUAUUCCGGGUCAAUUUUAGGCUGAUUGCAAAGGGGUAUCAUCAUCGAUUUUGGGCGAUUUUUCCGAAAUGCCAUUUUCUUUCGAUUCUGGAGGCUACAGAUCACGAAAUCAGGCCGAGGCUAUUCUCCACCGAUAAUGAAGUCUACUGAUCCUAUUCUCCACGGAUGAUAAGUCCAUUAAACACCGAUUUGGGCCAAUUUAUUUUCGGAUGGCAUUUUCGUGUGGGCGGCGAAAUGCCAUUUUCUUUGAAUUUUGAAGGCUACAGAUCACGGAUUCGGCCCGAGACUAUUCUUCAACGAUCACUAAGUCCAUUAAGCACCGAUUUGGGCGGAUUUAUUCCGGGUCAAUUUUUGGCAGAUUGCAAAGGAGUACCAUCAUGAUUUUGGGCGAUUUUUCCGAAAUGCCAUUUUCUUUCGAUUAUUGAGGCAACAGAUCACGAAAUCAGGCCGAGGCUAUUCUCCACCGAUAAUGAAGUCUAUUGAUCCUAUUCUCCACGGAUGAUAAGUCCAUUAAACACCGACUUGGCCCAAUUUAUUUUAGGAUGACAUUUUUGGUAAUUUUGCUGGCGUCGAAAUGUCAUUUUCUUGGGAUUUUGAAUGCUACAGAUCACGGAUUCGGCGUGAGACUAUUCUUCAAUGAUGACUAAGUCCAUUAAGCACCGAUUUGGGAGGAUUUAUUCCGGGUCAAUUUUUGGCAGAUUACAAAGGGGUACCAUCACCGAUUUUGGGCAAUUUUUCCGAAAUGCCAUUUUCUUUCGAUUCUGGAGGCUACAGAUCAUGAAAUCAGGCCGAGUCUAUUCUCCACCGAUAAUGAAGUCUAUUGAUCCUGUACUCCAUGGAUGAUAAGUCAAUUAAACAGCGAUUUGGGUAAAUUUAUUUUCGGAUUGCAUUUUCGUAAUUUUGUGGGCGUCGAAAUUCCAUUUUCUUUGGAUUUUGAAGGCUACAGAUCACGUAUUCGGCCUGAGACUAUUCUUCAACGAUGACUAAGUCCAUUAAGCUCAGAUUCGAGGCGAUUUAUUCCGGGUCAAUUUUUGGCAGAUUGCAAAGGGGUACCAUCACCGAUUUUGGGCGAUUUUUCCGAAAUGCCAUUUUCUUUCUAUUCUAGAGGCUACAGAACACGAAAUCAAGCAGAGGCUAUUCUCCACCGAUAAUGAAGUCUAUUGAUCCUAUUCUCCACGAAUGAUAAGUCCAUUAAACACCGAUUUGGGCCAAUUUAUUUUCGGAUGGCAUUUUCGUAAUUUUGUGGCCGUCAAAAUGCCAUUUUCUUUGGAUUUUGAAGGCUACAGAUCACGGAUUCGGCCUGAUACUAUCUUCAACGAUGACUAAGUCCAUUAAGCACCAAUUUAGACGGAUUUAUUUCGGGUCAAUUUAUGGCAGAUUGCAAAGGGGUACCAACACCGAUUUUGGGCGAUUUUUCCGAAAUGCCAUUUUCUUUCGAUUCUGGAGGCUACAGAUCACGAAAUCUGGCCGAGGCUAUUCUCCACCGAUAAUAUAGUCUAUUGAUCCUAUUCUCCACGGAUGAUAAGUCCAUUAAACACCGAUUUGGGCAUAUUUAUUUUCGGAUGGCAUUUUCAUAAUUUUGUGGCCGUCAAAAUGCCAUUUUCUUUGGAUUUUGAAGGCUACAGAUAACGGAUUCGGCCUGAGACUAUUCUUCAACGAUGACUAAGUCCAUUAAGCUCCGAUUCGAGGCGAUUUAUUCCGGGUCAAUUUUUGGCAGAUUGCAAAGGGGUACCAUCACCGAUUUUGGGCGAUUUUUCCGAAAUGCCAUUUUCUUUCGAUUCUGAGGCUACAGAUCACGAAAUCAAGCAGAGGUUAUUCUCCACCGAUAAUGAAGUCUAUUGAUCCUAUUCUCCACGAAUGAUAAGUCCAUUAAACACCGAUUUGGGCCAAUUUAUUUUCGGAUGGCAUUUUCGUAAUUUUGUGGCCGUCAAAAUGCCAUUUUCUUUGGAUUUUGAAGGCUACAGAUCACGGAUUCGGCCUGAUACUAUUCUUCAACGAUGACUAAGUCCAUUAAGCACCAAUUUAGACGGAUUUAUUUCGGGUCAAUUUUUGGCAGAUUGCAAAGGGGUCGUACCAUCACCGAUUUUGGGCGAUUUUUCCGAAAUGCCAUUUUCUUUCGAUUCUGGAGGCUACAGAUCACGAAAUCAGGCCGAGGCUAUUCUCCACCGAUAAUAUAGUCUAUUGAUCCUAUUCUCCACGGAUGAUAAGUCCAUUAAACACCGAUUUGGGCAAAUUUAUUUUCGGAUGGCAUUUUCGUAAUUUUGUGGGCGUCGAAAUGCCAUUUUCUUUGGAUUUUGAAGGCUACAGAUCACGGAUUCGGCUUGAGACUAUUCUUCAACGAUGACGAAGUCCAUUAAGCUCCGAUUUGGGCAGAUUUAUUCAGGGUCAAUUUUUGGCAGAUUGCAAAGGGGUACCAUCACCAAUUUUGGGCGAUUUUUCCGAAAUGCCAUUUUCUUUCGAUUCUGGAGGCUACAGAUCAUGAAAUCAGGCCGAGUCUAUUCUCCACCGAUAAUGAAGUCUAUUGAUCCUGUACUCCAUGGAUGAUAAGUCAAUUAAACAGCGAUUUGGGUAAAUUUAUUUUCGGAUUGCAUUUUCGUAAUUUUGUGGGCGUCGAAAUUCCAUUUUCUUUGGAUUUUGAAGGCUACAGAUCACGUAUUCGGCCUGAGACUAUUCUUCAACGAUGACUAAGUCCAUUUAGCACCGAUUUGGGCAGAUUUAUUCCGGGUCAAUUUUUGGCAGAUUGCAAAGGGGUACCAUCACCGACUUUGGGCAACUUUUCCGAAAUGCCAUUUUCUUUCGAUUCUGGAGGCUACAGAUCACGAAAUCAGGUCGAGGCUAUUCUCCACCGAUAAUGAAGUCUAUUGAUCCUAUACUCCACGGAUGAUAAGUCAAUUAAACACCGAUUUGGGCCAAUUUAUUUUCGGAUGGCAUUUUCGUAAUUUUGUGUGCGUCGAAAUUCCAUUUUCUUUGGAUUUUGAAGGCUACAGAUCACUGAUUCGGCCUGAGACUAUUCUUCAACGAUGACUAAGUCCAUUAAGCACCGAUUUGGGCGGAUUUAUUCCGGGUCAAUUUUUGGCAGAUUGCAAAGGGGUACCAUCAGCGAUUUUGGGCGAUUUUUCCGAAAUGCCAUUUUCUUUCGAUUCUGGAGGCUACAGAUCACGAAAUCAGGCCGAGGCUAUUCUCCACCGAUAAUGAAGUCUAUUGAUCCUAUUCUCCACGGAUGAUAAGUCCAUUAAACACCAAUUUGGGUCAAUUUAUUUUCGGAUUACAUUUUAGUAAUUUGUGGGCGUCGAAAUGCCAUUUUCUUUGGAUUUUGAAGGCUACAUAUCACGGAUUCGUCCUGAGACUAUUCUUCAAGGAUGACUAAGUCCAUUAAAAACCGAUUUGUGCGGAUUUAUUCCGGGUCAAUUUUGGGCAGAUUGCAAAGGGGUACCAUCACCGAUUUUGGGCGAUUUUUCCGAAAUGCCAUUUUCUUUCAAUUCUGGAGGCUACAGAUCAUGAAAUCAGGCCGAGGCUAUUCUCCACCGAUAAUGAAGUCUAUUGAUCCUAUUCUCCACGGAUGAUAAGUCCAUUAAACACCGAUUUGGGCCAAUUUAUUUUUGGAUGGCAUUUUCGUAAUUUUGUGGGCGUCGAAAUGCCAUUUUCUUUGGAUUUUGAAGACUACAGAUAACGAAUUCGGCCUGAGACUAUUCUUCAACGAUGACUAAGUCCAUUAAGCACCGAUUUUGGCGGAUUUAUUCCGGGUCAAUUUUUGGCAGAUUGCAAAGGGGUACCAUCAUCGAUUUUGGGCGAUUUUUCCGAAAUGCCAUUUUCUUUCGAUUCUGGAGGCUACAGAUCCCGAAAUCAGGCCGAGGCUAUUCUCCACCGAUAAUGAAGUAUAUUCAUCCUAUUCUCCACAAAUGAUAAGUCCAUUAAACACCGAUUUGGGCUAAUUUAUUUUCGGAUGGCAUUUUCGUAAUUUUGUGGGUGUCGAAAUGCCAUUUUCUUUGGAUUUUGAAGGCUACAGAUCACCGUUUCGGCCUGAGACUAUUCUUCAACGAUGACUAAGUCCAUUAAGCACUGAUUUGGGCAUAUUUAUUCCAGGUCAAUUUUUGGCAGAUUGCAAAGGGUUUGGGCGAUUUUUCCGAAAUGCCAUUUUCUUUCGAUUCUGGAUGCUACAGAUCACGAAAUCAGGCCGAGGCUAUUCUCCACCGAUAAUGAAGUCUAUUGAUCCUAUUCUCCACGGAUGAUAAGUCCAUUAAACACCAAUUUGGGUCAAUUUAUUUUCGGAUGGGAUUUUCGUAAUUUGUGGGCGUCAAAAUGCCAUUUUCUUUGGAUUUUGAAGGCUACAAAUCACGGAUUCGGCCUGAGACUAUUCUUCAAGGAUGACUAGGUCCAUUAAGCACCGAUUUGUGCGGAUUUAUUCCGGGUCAAUUUUUGGCAGAUUGCAAAGGGGUACCAUCACCGAUUUUGGGCAAUUUUUCCGAAAUGCCAUUUUCUUUCGAUUCUUGAGGCUACAGAUCACGAAAUCAGGCCGAGGCUAUUCUCCACCGAUAAUGAAGUCUAUUGAUCCUAUUCUCCACGGAUGAUAAGUCCAUUAAACACCUAUUUGGGUCAAUUUAUUUUCGGAUGGGAUUUUCGUAAUUUUGUGGGCGUCGAAAUGCCAUUUUCUAUGGAUUUUGAAGGCUACAGAUCACGGAUUCAGCCUGAGACUAUUCUUCAACGAUGACUAAGUCCAUUAAGCGCCGAUUUGGGCGGAUUUAUUCCGGGUCAAUUUUAGGCUGAUUGCAAAGGGGUAUCAUCAUCGAUUUUGGGCGAUUUUUCCGAAAUGCCAUUUUCUUUCGAUUCUAGAGGCUACAGAUCACGAAAUUAGGCCGAGGCUAUUCUCCACCGAUAAUGAAGUCUACUGAUCCUAUUCUCCACGGAUGAUAAGUCCAUUAAACACCGAUUGGGCCAAUUUAUUUUCGGAUGGCAUUUUUGUGUGGGCGGCGAAAUGCCGUUUUCUUUGAAUUUUGAAGGCUACAGAUCACGGAUUCGGCCAGAGACUAUUCUUCAAAAAUCACUAAGUCCAUUAAGCACCGAUUUGGGCGGAUUUAUUCCGGGUCAAUUUUUGGCAGAUUGCAAAGGAGUACCAUCACUGAUUUUGGGCGAUUUUUCCGAAAUGCCAUUUUCUUUCGAUUCUGGAGGCAACAGAUCACGAAAUCAGGCCGAGGCUAUUCUCCACCGAUAAUGAAGUCUAUUGAUCCUAUUCUCCACGAAUGAUAAUUCCAUUAAACACCGAUUUGGGCCAAUUUAUUUUCGGAUGACAUUUUCGUAAUUUUGUGGGCGUCGAAAUGCCAUUUUCUUGGGAUUUUGAAGGCUACAGAUCACGGAUUCGGCCUGAGACUAUUCUUCAAUGAUGACUAAGUCCAUUAAGCACCGAUUUGGGAGGAUUUAUUCCGGGUCAAUUUUUGGCAGAUUGCAAAGGGGUACCAUCACCGAUUUUGGGCAAUUUUUCCGAAAUGCCAUUUUCUUUCGAUUCUUGAGGCUACAGAUCACGAAAUCAGGCCGAGGCUAUUCUCCACCGAUAAUGAAGUCUAUUGAUCCUA